CAUUGAUGGCUAUAUAUGGAGAGAGACAGAAGAGACAGAAAGAAGAGAGAAAAUAUGGAUUACUCAACCUUGUUUCUGUGGAUUUCUUUAGCAUGGGCAUUCAUCCAUAUCGUCCUCCUUGCAAAAGAAAAGUCCAGUGCACACAAGCUCCCACCAGGCCCCAUUCCUCUUCCCAUCAUUGGAAGCCUGUUCAAGCUCGGUCACAAACCCCAUGACUCACUCGCCAGGCUCGCCAAGAUCUAUGGCCCGAUCAUGACUUUGAGACUGGGUCGUGUCUUAACAGUUAUUGCUUCAUCGGCAGACAUGGCCAAAGAGGUCCUCCAAAAGAAUGAUCAGGCCUUGUCCGGUAGAACGGUUGUUGAUGCAGUCCGCGCCCAAAACUACCAUGAAUCUACAAUGGGGUGGCAACCAGCGAACUCUAAUUGGCGGAAGCUCCGAAUGAUGUACAACACACAAAUGUUCACUGCCCAAAGGCUCGACGCCAAUCAAGCCCUCCGUCGCCAGAAGGUCCAAGAGCUCAUCGCUCACAUGCGCCAGAGUUGCCUGGGGGGACAGGUGGUGGAUAUUGGCCGGGCCGCUUUCGUGACCACUCUCAAUUUGUUGUCAAACAGCAUCUUCUCCGUCGAUUUAGUUAAUCCCAGCUCCGAGUCUGUGCAAGAGUUCAAGGAUGCGGUGCAUGGAAUUAUGGAAGAGGCUGGGAAGCCGAAUCUAUCGGACUACUUCCCAUUGCUGAGGCCAUUGGACCCGCUAGGCAUAAGACGCCGCAUGACAGCCCACUUCAAAAAAUUGUAUCAGAUUUUUGAUAAGAUGAUCGACGAGCGUCUACAGUUUAGAGCAUCAUCUGAAUCUCCCAGAAUGAAUGAUUUUCUUGAUGUUCUUCUCGAUCAAAGCCAUGAAAAUGAGCUCAGUCGCAGCGACAUCAAUGCUUUACUCACGGAGAUAUUUUCGGCGGGGAGCGACACAAGCUCGAGCACAAUAGAAUGGGCCAUGGCAGAGUUGCUGCGUAACCCAAAUGUCCUGGCAAAGGCUCGGUCAGAGCUCAUCCAAACCAUUGGAUCGGAACAUCAGGUGGAGGAAUCAGACAUAGCUCGACUCCCAUAUAUACAAGCCAUCGUGAAGGAAACGUUGCGGUUGCACCCACCGGUCCCACUCCUCAUCCCUCACAGAGCUGAAACUGGUGUUGAAAUUUGUGGUUGCACCAUUCCCAGGCAUACACAGGUAUUCGUCAAUGUGUGGGCCAUAGGAAGAGAUCCAUCGAUCUGGAGGGACCCCACUUCAUUUAAGCCAGAGAGGUUUGUGGGGUCCGAAAUUGAUUUACGAGGCCGUGAUUUUGAGCUUAUGCCUUUUGGAGCGGGCCGUAGGAUAUGCCCGGGCUUGCCGCUGGGCCUUCGGAUGGUGAAUCUAAUGCUGGCCUCUCUAUUGCAUUCGUUCGGUUGGAAGCUACCAGAUGGGGUGGGCCCACAGGAUAUGGACAUGAGUGAUAAGUUUGGGAUCACCCUUCAGAUGGCUGUCCCACUUCGUGCUAUCCCCGUACAAGCAGUUUAACAUCCAUUAGAGUGGUUAGUUUCAUACAAUGGUGUUGAAUAUGACGAUCGUUGUAUACAUGUACUUCAAUCCAAACAGUCCAAAUCGUGGGUCCAGUUAAGGUGCAAUAGUAGUUUACGGUGAAACAAACGAUGGUCCAUUAACAAGAGGUUGGGAUCGUCGAAGCAAUCCAAUUUAGAGAAAGUGGCCCGUAUAAGGUGGGGCUCACAUGAUGGAGAGUAUGGAUUGAGAUAUGUAUCUGCCAUGUGUACAGUGGUUGUGUACGAAUAAUCAUGGCUACGGUCUACCGAAGUAUUAUUGUUUUUCUUUCA